GAUGGAUUGAUGAAAACUUUCAUUUUCUAAAUCUUUCACGAUGACUACAUGGCCGCUGCCUGCAGACGAUGAUAAGGAAAACCUCCUCCUCUCAUGUCGUUACGAUGAUCUCGACGAAGUACGGGACUUUGUCACAAAAUUCGGCUCAGAUGCUCUCUCCAUCGUCCGAGACGACAACGAAAACACCGUGCUACACAUGACAUGCGGGAAUGGACACAUAGACGUGCUGGAUUAUCUUCUUCCUCUUGUCUCCCCUUCCAUCCUGUCUGCGCAAAAUAGCGCUGGCUCGACUGCCUUGCACUGGGCAGCGCUAAAUCAGCAUCUUGAAAUAGCGCAGAAGCUGGUUCACUUCAACGGCGGACCCGGGAUUGAUCUGAUUGAUAUCAAAAAUGCCGCCGGAAGAUCACCCCUGGGUGAAGCUGAAAUGAUUGGUUGGGACGAGGGCGCAAGGUGGCUUGUCCAGGAGAUGAAACUCGACGAAGCAACCCACCAUGACGUCAAUGAUAGCGAAGAAGAUACCCCCAUGGGCACCGCACAGGAUACACAGGAUAUAGAAGUAGAGAUCCAAGAUGCGGAUGGCGAAGUGGCAAAGAUGACUAUAAGCGGUGGCGCAACCACCUGAUUCAAACCAUUACAUCAAGGUUCCAAUUCAAUCGGGUGUGAAACAGGGAAGCACUCAAAACAAGUACCUGAGUCCGGUAUAACGCCUGAGCAUUUCACUUUUGGACGAGUACUUGGUUCGGCAGAAUUGCAGUUUCAAUGGCCGUGUGGGUGGAACAUGGAUGAUGAUAACGGUGAUAGCCGCGUUCAAAUUCAUUCUUCAUAGAAUAGUACCAAAUGAUUGUCAAAUCAAACUCACAUGUGUGUAAUCACAUGAAACUUUGCACCUGGA